CCCUUUUUAAAGUAGAGGAAAUUGUCCUUUGCCUCACCCGCUCAUUGCAGAGAAUCCAAACUCAUAAUCCAUCAGUUUAGUUAAUUGGUGUUGGACUAUAGACUAUAGAGAUUCUGGUUGCUUGUGCCAUUCUCCAACUCUGCUAUAUAGAUGGCUUUAGGAAGACCCAUACUGAUUCAGAACUAAUCAUCUUUGGGAGAGGAGAGAUACUAGCUACACAUUCAGAUUCAGAGCUAACAUCCGCAGUCACCAUUGCUUCAUUGGAGGAGAGAUCAUUGGGUAGCAAUGGCAGCCCACCAUGGUAGCAGCAGGAAGACAAAGGCAGAGCAGUGGCUAUUCGGUGGAAGAUGGAGGAGAACUGUGAAGGAGACAAAGCAUCCUGUUGCCUCUGAAGCCAAGCCUCCAGCUCCAACAUUUCCUACAGCCAUUCAGAAGGAUGGCGACAUCUGCCUUGAGAAGUCCAGAGUUCAUCUUCCUGGCCUGGGACAGAGGGAGAUCAUCGAUAUCGCGCCCGGGAGGAAGUCAAUGCCGGAGGUGGAGAUCAACAUGAAGGAGGUCAGGGAGAUCAUCGAUAUCGUGCCCGGGAGGAAGUCGAUGCCGGAGGUGGAGAUCAACAUGAAGGAGGUCGUCUCUGUGCUUGGUGUGAAGGUGAUGGCUGCAGACAUGUCGCCAUUUAUGCAGCUGCAUGCUUUCCGGUGUGCUAAGCGGUCCCAUGAUAGCUUGGACAAGUUCAGCUCAAGGCAGCUGGCCCAUGAUGUGAAGAAGGAGUUUGAUAAAGUUUAUGGACCUACAUGGCAUUGCAUCGUCGGCACAAGCUACGGCUCUUUCGUGACGCAUGCGAGAGGCUGUUUCCUCUACUUCUCCAUGGAUAAGAUCAUCGUGAUGCUGUUCAAGACCAAGAUCAGGAAAGUGUUAGCAUCAUCUUGAGCUCCAUAGGGACCAACCAUGACAUAUCUCUUGUCUCAAUGGUCAAUACACUUCCAUCAUGAGAAAAAAAAAGGGUAAUUAAUUAGUCUAGCUCUGUGAGAGUGAAGAAACAGGGGAAGAAAACCACCUCAAAUAAUUGUUUUGUCCGUGAGUUGCAAGUUGCAGCUGAACAAGUACUGUGGUUGGAUGGUGCUGAUGAAUACUAAGCACCAAUAGGAAAGCAGGUUGUAUAUGUAAAUUAAUUAAUUACCACUUGGAAAGUGAUGUGAUGAUGAA